GCUUUAAAUAUCACUUCCUUGAAGACUAUUCACUUUGUUUCCUUGCUUUCUCUAACUGUAAAACACGGUGAUGUCAUGAUGUGGAACCGUUUCCUCUCCUCUCCUCAAGGGUCGCGCGCUCACUCACUUUGCCGCCUUUAAUUUGGACUAAAACACAGUAUCUUAAUUCUUUCGUGUUUUUUACCCUAUUUGAGCUGUAGUUUUAUUUUUUUCAUUUUUCACAUUUGUUUUUAAGCUAGAGAUGAGACACUAGUAGAGUAGGAGGAGGAUAAGGAGGCGGUUGACUUUGACUACGUCAGGUGUUCGUCAGAGAGGAGGAGGAGCUUAUUAUGCCCUGACAAGAGCCACUGCUGCUUCUUCUGAGUUUGUCAGCUCAGCUCCCGAAAAUAGAAGCCGUGUGUCAAUGUGACUGAAAAUAUAUUUCUGUCACAGUGUAUCCACGGGAAUCACUGAUACACAGUAUCUAUAUACAGCGAGGGGGACCGCGAAGAAAAAAGGACAUUUUACCCAAGGAGGAGAAAGCACCAAGAAGCUCCAAGUAAAGAGAAGCAUUGAAAGCAACAGAAGAAAGAACAAAAAUAAGACUUGAGCCAGAUAUUGUGGGUCCAGGACUGAGGAUUGUACUGCUUUGUUUGUUAGAUCGUGGUGUUGACUUCUCAGGAGAAAGACACAAAGAAAGACGGCGAGAUAGAAAGAAUUGAGAAGGAAGAGUAGAGUACAAUGUGCUAGGGGAGUGAAAGGAGACAAACUUCUGUGUUUUUCUGAUAUUCUCUGGGUGUCAGAGAGGCCAAGUAGGACACAAAGAUGGGACGGAAGAAGAUACAGAUCACACGGAUCAUGGAUGAGAGGAACCGGCAGGUUACCUUCACAAAGCGGAAGUUUGGCUUGAUGAAGAAAGCGUACGAGCUAAGCGUAUUGUGCGACUGUGAGAUUGCCCUGAUCAUAUUCAACAGCUCGAACAAACUUUUUCAGUACGCAAGCACUGACAUGGACAAAGUCCUGCUUAAAUACACAGAGUACAAUGAGCCCCAUGAGAGCAGAACCAACUCUGACAUCAUAGAGAAAUUAAGAAACAAAGGCCAUAAUGACUGUGCCAGUCCUGAUCCAGAUGACUGUUUUGGUCACAGUCCCCUCAUGGAUGACCGCUUCGGCAAACUAAAUGAAGAAAGUGAUUUAAUGUACAAGCGCUGUGCUGCGCUUAACAAGAAAGAGCACAGAGGCUGUGAUAGCCCGGACCCUGAUGCCUCAUUUGUCCUCACCCCUCACACAGAAGAAAAAUAUAAAAAAAUUAAUGAAGAGUUUGAUAAUAUGAUGCGAAAUCAUAAAAUCCCUACAGGCUUGCCUCAGCAGAACUUUUCCAUGCAUGUGGCUGUGCCAGUGACAAACCCCAAUGCCAUGUCCUACAACCCUGGGGCCUCUUUGAGCAGCCAGAGCCUGUCGGCUGCAACUGCCUCUCUGAGUGAUAGUGUCAUGCUGUCUCCUCCUCAGGGUUCCCUGCACAGAAACGUAGUGUCUGGCGGGCCACAACAGAGGCCUUCCAGUACAGGCAGUGCAGCAGGAAAUGGCUUCAUUAACCCGAGGGGCUCACCGGGGCUUCUGGGUACACCCAGCGGGAAUGGGCUGGGUAAAGUUAUGCCUGCCAAGUCACCACCACCACCGGGGGGCAACAUGGGCAUCGGCAGCCGCAAGCCAGACUUGAGAGUUGUCAUUCCCCCAUCCAGCAAGGGCAUGAUGCCACCUCUGAACCCCCAGAGGAUAAGCAGCUCUCAGUCCACCCAGCCUUUGGCCACACCGGUGGUCUCUGUCACCACCCCCAGUCUGCCAUCACAAGGCCUGGUCUACUCAGGCAUGCCCACUGCCUACAAUUCUGAAUACUCCCUGAGCAGUGCUGAGCUCGCUUCUCUGCAAGGCUUUUGCUCCCCAGGCCUCUCCAUAGGCUCAGUGUCGGCAUGGCAACAGCAUCAACUAGGCCAGGCUGCUCUCAGCUCACUGGUAGGUGGCGGUCACUUAUCUCAGGGGUCGAAUCUCUCCAUCAACACAAGCCAGAAUAUCAACAUUAAAUCCGAGCCCAUCUCUCCUCCACGCGAACGCGUUACCCCAUCUGGCUUCCCUCAGCAGCAGCAGCAGCAGCUGCCUCCCUCUGGCCGCCCAGACAUGGGCCGCUCGCCUGUCGACAGCCUCAGCUCAUCUUGCUCCUCCUAUGAUGGUAGCGACCGAGAGGAUCACAGGCCUGAUUUUCACUCCCCACUCAGCCUGGGUCGACUCCCUGCCACUGGGGCCGAAGAGAGGGAAAGCCCCACGGUCAAGCGCAUGCGCAUGGACACCUGGGUGACAUAAAGGUGUCUGGAGCCCGACCGCCUGUCAGUCACUCACAGGGCUGGGCAGUGGAAACGGAGAGAGGAGAGACAGCAGGGAGAGUCAUUAUUGUUAUUAUUCUAUUGUUAUUAUUUAACGUCAUUUCACUUUUUUUUGUAAGUAGGUGGACGGUGACAGAAAUGCAAGAUGUCCUGACAUAUCGAAAUUAAGCAACUAAGUAGAAAGAGAGAGAGAGAGAGAGAGAGAGAGAGGAAGAGAAAAACAAUCUCAAGUCAAGCAGUCAGACUGAAUGAUGUACUCAAAACAGGUGUUAUCAGGUACUUGAUGCAAAUGGCAUUGUGCAAGAGUCCAAUGUUUUAAAGACGACAAGGCUUUUGUAUAUCAUUGUGUCACUGGUGCAGUUUGACACUUGUAGCUGUUUCCGCUGUUCAAUUUGCAAGUUUCAAACAAUCAAAGAAAGUGAAGGGGCAGCUUCUGCUAGAAGGGUCCUGCCUGCUGGGCUCAUGUAUUAAAACAAUCUGUAUCUGCACUUGCUUUUAUGAAGUAUGUCACUUAUUAAUUUAUUUAUGCUAACUGACAAUUGAUCAUAGGUUUGGAUCAGUUUUUAUGAGGGACGGCUUGUAUCUAAAAUGAGAUCACAUUCCACCUCAGUUUAGACAUUAAGUGAAAAAUGAAAAUGUCUCUAAAUUGAAUGUGUUCUUUUUAAUCAAAUAUUUGGAGAAUAUUUCUGACAAAUCUGAGAUUUUAAUUAAUGGAAAUUUAAAAGGUAGCCCAGUCCAUUUAAAAACAAUAGCAAGUCAUUGUAUAUUCAUGCAGCGCCAACAACUCAGUGGUAACGCAAGCCAAAGCCUCUAUCAUUUUGUUGUACUGUAGGUUGGGAGUUUUCAGCAUUUCUCUCUCGAUAUUCGUUUAAUAUUAGUUCUGUCAUAGUGUGCGUUGUUACAAACAUUGGAAAACUAUAAACAUGCAAAGCAGAUCUUGAAACAAUAUCUAAAGCCAUGAACACUUGUUGUUCUGUUUAUAAAUGAAAGAUUUGAGCCAAACCUUUUCUUUUGUUAUGUAUAUAGCAACUUUAAUAUAUAUCACCUUUGGUGUAAGUACGUAUGUAUUGUACCUUCACCAGAUUCAAGAAAAAAGUAUAUUUUUGUGGAUUACUGCCAAGUUUACAAGGCGAGAUCCUUAUUAAGUUGAGUAUUCACUGGUUAAUAUUUACUAUUUUGUUAACUAUACUGUACUUUCUUCAAAAUCUGACUAUUAUUGGUAAUAAAUAAAGUGGUUUUUUGUUUGUUUAUUAUCUCUCAAGAAGGUCGUUUUUGGGUCGUUUACCCUUUAAUGGUGGUGAAUGUCUGUCAUAAGAAAUUGUAACAACAGAGCUGAAUGAUUCAAGCUCAGAUGUCUUUUCUUUCUUGUUUUGUAAAUUGAUAAGUGUCAUGCUAAGAAAAAAAAUGGUUUCUUUUCUUACAACUUUUUUGUGAGGGAUUAGCCUGCAGCUGCUGAAUACACUGCCUACUUUAAAUCCCAGCUUAGAUGCACUAUUCAUUCAUUUCCAGUCAAAAGGAUUUCUCUUUAGAGACCUUGUAUAGAAAGUUAAUUUCGUUGAAUCCCUAUUACUAAAUUUAUUUUGAUUGAAUCCCUCUUCAAAUUCACAUAUGCUCAUGUUAAUAAAGAUAUUGUAAAUAUCGUAACAUUAGGUAACCCUUAUAUAGACAUACAAGCAUACUAUGAACAGAAAAUCUUCCCUUCCCACUUAUUUUGUGAACUGGCUCAUCUAUAGAUUUCCUAAGACACCUUAGGAGGCAUCAGUCGCUCUGUAUUGCUGGACAUGGGAGGGCGCCGUAGCUCUCUCUGCUGUUGCGUUUCGCUCUGUGUGUGCAUAUCCCUUCAUUGUGGGGCUGUUCAUGUUUGGCUGUUUGUUUGUGCAGCACAAACGUCUGGUAGCUGCAGUGGCCUCCGGCUUGCAUCACACCUCACUGCCCCUCAGGCGGCAAAAUGUCACGGGAUUCAGCAGCUAAAUAUGAAAAUGCUAGACAAUGCAAACAGACUUGGACAUGAUCUCUCUACUGGAUUACACAAAAGUUUGUAUGUUCAAGUUUGCCAUUGGAAAAAGGAUGCUUUCCUCUUUAGAUUUGUUGUGUAUUUGGUCGAUGUGUACACCAGUCACUUUUAGAUACCUCCUAGCCCUCUUGAGCAAAAUAGCAGCUGACAAUAUGCUGAUAUUAAUCUAUGCAGUCCCCAACCCACACAUAGCCAAGAACACAAAGCAUUCACAUUUCAAGGAUCACUGAUAAUUUGAGUGAAUAUAUAUAUAUAUAUAUAUAUAUAUAUAUAUAUAUAUAUAUAUAUAUAUAUAUAUAUAUAUAUAUAUAUAUAUAUAUAUAUCACAUGCCCAUUUAUCAUACAAAUGUUGCCUAGUUCAUGAAUAAAGUGCUCUAUUGAGCAGGUGAGAAAAUGACUGUUAACCCUUUGUCCUUAAGUGCUUGCACAUUAAGGUUACGUAUAAUGGCACACUUUCUAAAUAUGGAAACCACAAGAUCCAUGCAGACACUGCUUUAGGUGCAGCUUUAGAUUUAAUCUCAGAUGUGCAAGCUUUGUUGUAUCAGCUACAUUGUAAAACUUAGAAACACAUAGAAAGUUAUCAAUGAUAUCUGUUGAAAAGUGUUCAUCAUUUGAAGUUGAUCACAGUCAAAACUUUUCAGGGUAGACAAGCAAUAAUGCCAGCCCAGUGCUAUAAUUGCACUGUGGAUUUAAGACAUGCAGGAUGUUCAUACUGCAAUGCACACUUACACACACACACACACCACACACAACUUUAGUGCUUGAUUAGGAAUCAGGGAUUUUGUUUUGAGUUUCUCUGCUACAUGCACAAUUAGAGCCUUAUUCCAAAGAGUUGCUGGUUUUCUAAAUCAAAUAUGAUAUCCCUCAUCACAUAUUUCACUGAAAUAAAAUCACCCUCACAUCAGGAGUUGGAAGAAGUAUAGCUUUGUACAUCGACCCUUACAAUGCACAGAUGAAAUGCAUAACAAAUCUAAAGAGAGUGCUGUUCAUUUGGUGCAAAAUGCUGCAUCUGAAAUCACAAACUGUUGAAUGUGAAAGGAAGGGAUAAAGAGAAAACAACAAUAAUUUUUUUUGCAUACUUCACUUUGCUGCGCAAGAAUACACUGCUUUGCUUUAUGGCUUUUCUAAAACAGAAUUAUGUAUUUGGUAAUUGUUUGUAGUUACUAGUUCAUUUCAAGAAGCUGUUUGCGGUUUGGAUUCUGGAACCGCUUGGCGGCACAAGCUGGACUUUGUUGCCAUAAUUGAAACAAGAUGUUUAAAAAAAAAAAGAAAAAGAAAGAAAAACAUGAGAGUGAAAUUUAAGUUAAUCAGCAUUAUAUUUCCUUGAAUGUGUUGUUUUAUCUUCAUUAUACAAUAAAUAUUCUAGUGAACUUUUUAUUGAAUUACUAAGAUAUUAUGCUAGAGAUUGUUGUACAAAUUUGUAUUCUGCAUUCACUAAAGUAAAGAUAUUGGCUUUUAUUGUGUAACAGGUUCUCUUGCUUAUUCUGUGCAAACUGAAGUGAACAAUUCUCUGAUUUUGAGUAGACUUUGUCCACAUGUGAAGUCCCAAACAUUAGAAUCUGUCCGCUUUAUUAAAAACCUCAAUGUA